AAACAAUACAGUUAGUAUAUUUUUUAAUAAUGGGAGUGGCACAUUCAUAUAUUCAAAAGACUACAAAGUCGGUAGAACCCCAAAUUUUCUAACAAUAGGUGAUUUUAAUAAUGACAACAAUACUGAUUUGGUAAUUGCUAACUCUGGUUCGAAUAAUGUUAGUGUUUUACUCAAUAUUGGCAAUGGAAAUUUUAGUAAUGCAACAAAUUAUGCAGUUGGAAAAGGUCCAAUGUAUGUAUCAGUUGGUGAUUUUAAUAAUGAUACAAAUAUAGAUUUAGUAGUAGUCAAUGGUGAUAGUGAUACUAUCAGCGUCUUACUCGGUAUUGGAAAUGGAAAAUUUCAAGCUCAACGCACCUAUAAGACAGGUGCUAAUCCGACUUCCGUGUUAGUUGGUGAUCUCAAUAAGGAUAAUAGACCGGAUUUAGCUGUGACUAACUCUAAAACUGACACUUUAUCUGUUUAUGUGAAUAUUUGCAAAGGCUGA